AUGAUAGAUCGCACCUCCUACUCCUCCUCCUCCCUCCUCUUCACCAUCCGCACAGCCCUGUCCUCCACCCCGCCUUCGGUGUCCGCCGGAGGCAAACUCCGAAUCCACACCCUCUUUUCCAUCCCACGUCAAGUUCAAUCCCUUUACCCCCUCGCUCAUAUCCACCCAACCGAUCUGGAAUACAAUAAGCGGGCACAAUCCAUUGUGGCACUCGAAGAACAGGUUUUUGUCACUGCUACCUACACUCCCCACCCGCACCCCUCCUCCACAACGCCUUCCGACGCGAAAGAUGCUCCGCUAUUGGUGCUAGCAAUGGAGCUCUAUCUGUAUACAAUCCCCGAAUUCUCCUCUGCAGUCCUCUACAUCUCCAAGCUCGAUACUACCGGAUAUGGCCCAAACUCCAUCCCUUUGUCGCUUCGAUCUCGUUUAUCUGACCAGGUAUUCGGUAACGUCGAAGGGGGAAGGAGAUUCGGGGGUACACUUACCGCCACAUUAACAGCAGCGGUAACCGAGCAUUUUACGAGCUUUAAACACUGGGAUGGAAAACAGUACCCCGUUUUUCAUCUCUCGGUGUAUAUACUUGCGAGGAGUCAGAGGGCCUAUUUGUUUCCUUCGAGCCCCGAGAACAGGGAUAAAAGGGUAUUGAGUGAUGGAGGAUUGAUUAAAUGGUGGAGAGGCGUGAUGAGCCAUGUCGUUGUUUCCACUCGCAAUACUUCUUCCCGUAUGAGGCGGAAUAAUACGGGUGAGGGGGAGGGGGAGAUUGAUGCAAGAGCGUACUAUCUUAUCCCGGGGUACAAUCAACUCGAAUCACAUCCGCUUGUGCCUCUUAUCCGAGACAGCUCCAACUCGGCCUCUUCAACAUCCAACCAUCGCACCGCAGAGCAUAUACCAAGGGAAGCAAGAUGGACAUACGGACAUCCAUACAGCCCCCUGGGAGCACAUUGUGCGCAAUCGGAUCUUCCGCCUUUGCCGCUGCAUUGGAGAAACAGCAAGUUUGUGAUAAGCAAGAGUGCAGGGGACAGGGAAGGCGAGGAUAAAGUGCAACAAGAUCCAGAAGGGCAACGUUACGAUCCGAAGAAAGCUCGAACGGUCCCAACUUUGAUGCCGCACUUUUCAGACGAUCCAAAGACGAGGUUUUUAGACGAAAUGGCUCGUGAUGCUCAUGAACACUCUGGUUGGAAGAAGAAAGGCACUGGGAACAACAGCAACAACGUUGCGCAAGAAGGCCUGGUGGCAUCGGGCCUGACGGAACGGAACGGCAUCGAAAACCAAAUCGAAAUCGAUAUUGCCAGCCUAGAGGGAGAAAAUGGCGCCGAGGAACACACAAGAAGUGGUGAGGAGGGGGAAAAGGCCGAAGAAGGUAGCAAAAAGCGAUCAGCCUCAAAUGAGAGAACCGCAGGAAGAGAGGCCAAGAGAUCGAAAACGACAGAAGCGAGUUCAGCAGACAAACCAACAUCCACGACUUGGGGCAUACCCCUCACCACCCUCCGUGCAUUGAUGAGAGAGAGACAGGCCAUGGACGAUCUGCCCAUCGACGAGUUCUGGGAACGGAUGGCGUUUCGACAAGAAUGCUGUUCUGGAAAUGCUGUUGGCGUCAUUGUCGUUCUGUUUACCCGCGUACCACCCAACUGGCCGACGGAUGUGGAGAAAAGGUUAAACUUGGAGCGUCAACCGCUCUCACUACCCUACAAAGUCCUGGGAGACCUGGCAUUCAAAUGUCUGAUGAAGGAUAGCUGUGAGUGGAACAAGCCCGCUCUGGCUCGUACACUGACCGAAGCUUGGUCUCAAGGGGUAGAUAGGCAGGUUAGACGCAAGGGAGGGUUGAAGCAGUUUCUCGGAGAAGAAGGAAGAGCGGAGGAGGCAGAGGCGGAGGCGGAGGCAGGGUUGGUGGGUGAGGGAGUGAUUUGGGGGGAUUUCGAAUUGGUGGCUCCGAGUGAGGAGCAGUUGGAGGCGGCGAAGAAGGAAUUACAAGGGGGAGCUGUGGGAGCGAAUGGGCAAGGGGUGGCGAAUACGUUGAGUGUUAAACGGAAGAAGAAGCCUCAAGCCUAA